AUGGACAUUAGCCAAAGAAAUGGGCUUUAUCCACCACCUCCAGGUGCUUCAGAUAUUCUAGGAGUCGAGUUUGCUGGUGUGGUAAUUCAAACCACUUUGGAUCCAACAACAAAGUUCAAAGUGGGUGACAAGGUUUUUGGGUUGGUUUCAGGUGGUGCAUAUGCCGAACAGGUUGUUGCUGAGCCCAGUUUAACCAUGCAUAUUCCAGAUGGCAUGUCGUUUGAAGAAGCUGCCGCGAUUCCUGAAACAUGGUUGACGGCAACUCAGGCAUUGUUUUUUGUCAAUCGGUUGCAGCCAGGAGAGAACGUCAUGAUUCAUGCUGGUGCCAGUGGUGUAGGUACUGCUGCAAUUCAACUUGCAAAGCAAGCCAAUGCUCAACAUAUCAUCACCACUGCUGGAAGCGAUGCCAAGACUCAGUUUUGUAAAAGUCUUGGCUCUACCGUGUCCAUCAACUACAAAACUGCCAACUUUGCUGAUGUCGUCAAGGAAACUACCAAUGGACGCGGCGUGGAUGUUAUUGUGGAUUUUGUUGGUGGACCAUACUUUAGCAAAAACUUGGACUCGCUUGCAAUGGAUGGUCGUAUGGUGAUUCUGUCUUUUCUAGGAGGUGCUGUAAUGGAUGAAAAGGUCCAUCUUGGUCCAAUUCUGCGAAAGCGAUUGCAAAUCAACGGAUCUACUCUUAGAAGCAGAACUGUUGCCUAUCAGACUAUUCUAUGCGACUAUUUUGUCGAGAAAAGUUUGCCUCUUUUUACCAACGGAACAUUCAAGCCCAUUAUCGAUCGGGUAUUUGAAUGGACUGAUAUCAUUGAAGCCCACAAACACAUGGAGGCCAAUGCGUCCAUUGGCAAAAUUGUCAUGCGCAUUACUUAA